AUGCCCAAACUCUCCCUCUCCACCCUUCUCACCUCCCUCUUCUACCUCCUCCCCCUGUACCUCUUCGUCAUUGCCCCUCUCCUCCGCCAACUCUUCCCCGUAACCACCAACAUCUUCGACCCGGACGCCGACCCUCCCGACGCCGAAACCGACAUCACCCUCGACCCCGAAAUCCUCAGUCUCCCGGACGGAAUCAUCCCAACAUGCCCCGAAGACACCUACCGGGUACACCUCCUCUCCAAGGACCCACUAAUCAUCUACAUUGAAGAUUUCCUCUCCGCUGAAGAAGCCGACCACCUCGUGAAGAUCAGCGAACCCAACUACACCCCCUCCAUAAUCUACAACGGCCAAACCACCCAAAUCGACCCCACCACCCGACUCUCCGACCGCGCCCUCCUCCCCCGCGACAACACCGUCCGGUGCCUCGAAGCCCGCGCCUCAUCCUUCCAAGGCUGGAAACCCCACCUCUACAUCGAACGCAUGUGGGCGCAACGCUACAACAUCUCGGGCCACUACAAACACCACUUCGACUGGGCCGGCUCCGUCGCCCGCGGCGGCGACCGUCUCAGCACCUUCAUGGUCUACCUCAGCGAUGACUGCCACGGCGGAGGCACCAAUUUCCCACGUCUCAAAAUGCCCCGCGGAGACCAGUGGUGUCGGUUUUUGGAUUGUGAAUUGGCCAAGAAUGAGAAUGAGAAUGUUACGGGGAUUACGUUUAAGCCUGUCAAGGGGAAUGCGAUCUUUUGGGAGAAUCUUAGGGCGGAUGGGACCGGGUAUCCGGAGACCUGGCAUGCUGCGUUUCCCGUCACGCGGGGGUUGAAGGUCGGGUUGAAUAUUUGGAGUUGGUAUCAGCCGCCGAGGAGGAGAUGA